AUGAAGCCAACUGUUAUUGCCUUUUUUCUCGUCCAAGCCAGUCUUUCUCUGGCCCAAGCUUCAAGAUUGAAUAUAAGUGCCCUCGCGGAAAAUUAUUUCAAAAACGAUGCACCUUGGUAUAUCGACAACAUCCCAUUUUUCGAGACAAGUGACAGCCAAAUUCAGAACGUGUACUACUAUCGUUGGAAAAUAUUCCGAUCUCACCAACGUGAUCUGGGCGCAAAAGGCUUCAUUAUGACGGAAUUUCUGGAUGAUGUGUCGUGGCAAACACAACCUUACGGAACACUUAAUGAUGCUACCGCUUUACACUUACAAGGCAAGCAAACUUCAACAUUUCUCAGAACAAAUGAGUUUUGACAUGUUACAGAGGCUAGAUGGGCGCAUAAUCGCCGUUACAAAAAUGACUACGCUUCAUUCAUCUACAGCUCAUAUAGCAACCCUAGACAAUUUUCUGAGAGCAUAGCCGAUGCUGUUUGGAAAGGGUACUUGGUUGAUGGCGAUGCUAGCUUUCCGAUCUCACUUCUGAGUAACAUGCAAAAUGUCUUCGUUGCUUGGAAUUACAGCUUUGAUGCUUCGAAAGGAUUGUAUUUCGUGGAACCCCUUCGCGAUGCGACUGAGUAUUCAAUCGCCAGCAUUGAUGCAUCUGGUGGCCAGGAUGGGUUUAGAUAUGGCGAAGCUUUCCGUCCCAGUAUCAACAGUUACCAAUUUUCGAACGCAAGGGCUAUUGCAAACAUUGCCGCGUUGAACAAUUUGACGAAUAUCACUGAUGAAUACAACAAACGCGCAGCUGAAAUCAAACAAAACCUUCAAAAUCAGCUGUGGAAUAGCACUUACCAACACUUUAUCGAUAGGCACCAGGCUGAGAACAACUUUGUAAAGUACUUUGACUUCAUUAGAGGAAGAGAGCUUGUCGGAUACGUUCCAUGGGCCCAUGAUUUACCAGACGAUAACAAAGUCUAUGCACAGGCCGUAAGUAAAAUCCGUUUUCUCACUACCUGCUCUAGCUUCUCCAUACUUUGAUUACUCCUAGUACCUCUCACUCCCGAAGCGAUGCCCCACCUAUGAAUUGAUCGAGGAAAAAAGCUGACACUCUGCACUUUUAGUGGAAGCAUAUUCUGGACACCAACGAACUCAGAGCUCCGUAUGGUUUGCGAACAGUGGAGCCAACAUACGAAUACUAUAUGCGUCAAUAUCGCUACGAAGGUACACGUCCCGAAUGCCAAUGGAACGGACCAAUUUGGCCAUUUCACACGACCCUAGUCCUUACUGGACUUGGAAACUUCCUAGACCAUUACACCACUACUGGCUUAGUCAACACUUCGGAUUUUAUUUCUCUUCUUCGCAACUACACUCAAUUACACUACAACUACGGUGUCCUAAACCUUCAGGAAAACUACGACCCAGCAACCGGGAACCCAAUCGUGGGCUUAGUCCGAUCACCACAUUACUUCCAUUCCGGAUACGUCGACAUAAUACUCAAUCAAUUAGUCGGUAUUCGGGCACGAGCAGAUGACCGACUUGAGAUUAAUCCUCUAGUUGACGAGUCCAUCGCUUAUUUCCGUGUCGAGAAGGUCCCUUAUCACGGUCUACAAAUCAGCGUCCAAUGGGAUUCAACGGGCAACAAAUAUGGAGUCACUGGCCUCGUCGUUGAAAUCAAUGACGCCGUCGUCACGACUCAGUCAAAUGUUCAACGACUUAUCAUUCCUCUCGCCCCCAGUCCUCCUCCCGCAAUUCUACGGCCCAUUUCCAAAUCUACACAGCCUCUAACCACUACGGCAUAUCCAAGAGGAAACGUGAGUGUACCUGACCAGAACAUCGAGGAAAUCCACGAUGCCAUCGACGGAAGAGUGCAAUUCUUCACAGAGUAUAUAAAUGGAUGGACUACUCCAGUUGGAAACGGGGUUUCUGAACUCUGGUACCAAGUCGAUUUUGGGAACGCCACCGAGAUUAGCCGGGCUGAAAUUGCGUGGUUUGGUGAUUCAGGUACUUUCGAUGUUCCAACAAGCUACAAGAUUCAGGUCAGUAAAGGAUGGAAUUGGACGGAUGUUUCUAAUGCGACAUAUGCACCUUCUGUUUCCAGUGGUAUUACUCAUGUAUCGUGGGGUACGGAAACGACGCAGCAGGUCAGACUUGUGUUUGUGCCGAAGAAUGCGACGAGAAGUCGGUUAGUAGAGUUCACCCUCUUUUGAGAGCUUCG